GUUUUUGGGGGCUUACCACCUGUAAGAGUACCAGUGGAAGCCCCUUCAAAGAUUCACAACUAAGCUCAAGAGGAAAGAGAUGGUAGAGAUGGAGAGAAAAGGCAAUAGAGAGAAGGAAAACGUUCAAAAAAAAAAUUGAAAAAACCUAGCAAUGGAAGCUAGGAAAACCCUCCCAAUGGAGAAACCCUAGAAGGAUAAAAAAAAAAAAAAAAAAAACUCUCCCAAAGAGAAAACCUUGAGGAAACAAGUUUAUUAACUUCGAUCGUGUUAAAAUAGUUUAAGAAGGUUCAAAAUAUCAAAUGUACAUAAGCUAAGGUUUUGAUGUUUCUAUACACCACUCCAUCGACCAUUAAUGUGCAUAAGAAAAGUAUUUAUUUUUGCAAUUCAAGUUGACAUGUGAUAGGGACGGAAAUGAAGAUGAUAAAAGCCUAAGAUUUUAUGGAGUAAUUGCGAUGGAGAAUUGUUUUUGGCACACCCGUUGAGAGAGCACAAUUCUCUAUGCCGUCCUCGCGUAAAGACGUGCCAAAAUCAAUUCCUAAAAAAAAAAAAAAAACUUUAAUAUUUAGGUUAAGAGAUAAAUAAUUGAAGAAAAAUUGAGAAGAAAAUACUAGGUAGGAGAGAGAGUGGAGUAGUGAUUGUUGCAGGGGAGUUGCAGAGAUGAAAGGCAAGCGAAGUUCAAAGCAGAGGAUUAACAGCUUUAAAUUACUCGACCAAGAUAUUCUUUGUGUUGUCUUUGCUUUCCUAGACCUCUUCGACAUCGUCCGCUGCUCUGCUGUCUGCAAAUCAUGGAAUAUUAUCAUAAGCAAAUCAAGAUUAAUGCAUUCAUUGUACCUUAAGCAAUGGAGUAAUGAGGCCUCCAGCUCGUCAAUUGAUAUGGGGAAAUCAUUGAACGUGGUACUUGAGGAUCUGGCAACACGGCGUCAUAGGUCUGCUCUUGUUGAUGGUUCUUUUAUUGUUGAUCAAUGGAAAGGUCAUACGUCCGGGAUUGACAAUUGCCGUAUGAAGAUGGGUUUGAUCCUAACUGGUGGGGGUGACAAGUGUAUGCGUCUAUGGUCAUCAGCAAAUUACAAAUGCUUGGAAGAGUACGCUCUCUCUGAUCUGGGUCCACUAGUUGACUUUGAUUUUGAUGAAAGCAAGGUUGUUGGUUUGGCUGGGACCCGUAUAUGUAUAUGGAGGCGCCAUGGAAAUCGUAGUAUAUUUCCUUCACGUGAAGGCACAUUCACAAAGGGCUUAUGUAUGAGGUACAUGGAUCCAGAGGCUAUGGUUGGAUGCGCGGAUGGCACAGUUAGGGUAUUUGACAUGUAUAGUAAAAGUUGUUCUCGAAUAAUCCGAAUGCAUGCUUCUCAAGUAAAAUGUUUGGCUGUGGGAGAGGACCAGUUGGUUCUGAGUGGUUCAUCUAAUGGAAACAUAACUGCAUAUGGUCUAUUAUCUGAUCAGCGAGUUGCUAAUUUAAAGCCAACCAAUCUUAGAGGAGGUAUAGAUACCUUGUGCUACAAUCCUCCUUCUCAUUUGGUUUUUGCUGGAUCAUCGAACGGUUAUGCAGCUUGUUGGGACCUUAGGAAAAUGCAAUCACUGUGGAGUUUACGGGUGAGCCCUAAUGCAAUCUAUUCAAUGCAACAUCUCCGACAUGACACUUCAACACUGGUUGUUGGUGGCGUUGAUGGUGUUCUGAGAAUUCUGGAUCAGAAUACUGGUGAAAUCCUCACAAAGUGUGUAAUGGACCAAAGCAACGCCAAACUGACUUCGACAAGAAGCUUGUACGGUUCAGUUGAAAGAAGAAAGGUGAAGAGAUUAACUGAAGAUGCUACCAUUGGUGAUAUUCCUAUCACUGCUCGGCCACCCGUAAAAUGCUUAGCCGUGGGAAUGGGAAAAGUUGUCACUAUUCAUAAUACAGAGUACAUCAGAAUGUGGAAAUUCAACAUGUAAAGUAGAAAUUUAUGGUACAUAUGAUUUUUGCUCCCUUUUAUAGCUCAUGUGCAGUAGUAGUCUCGUCUUGGAGAUCAUGUAAUCUUAAAUCUUAAUCCUCGAUUUUUUGCAAGGAUUCACCCUGAAUGUCUGAAUCAUUAGAAAGCAAAUUCCGAAUGUUGCUGAAAGGCAGAUGUGAUAUCAGAUGUUGCCUCUUUAUUUCCAAUGUUCAUUGCUCAGGUUUCAUCAA